GUUUAUAAACAAUCGCAGUUUAAAAAAAUUUCUCAUAAUUAUUAAAUUAAUUUAGGAAUACAUUUCGAACGACUCAUUCUAUAUAAAAUGAACGAAUUUUGGAUUAAAAACUUUGCAGUUUUUACAAUUUUAAUACUAAGUAGCAAAUUUGAAGAAUGUAUGGGUAAAUUAUCUAAAACUAAAACUGAAACGUGGUUUGUACCACAAUUGGAUGGAAGUAUGAAAUAUAUGAAUGAAGAAGAAGCUAUAAAAGCAAAUUUAUAUAUUUUACCAAUGAGCACUUUUUCAACAAUUCAACAUGUUAAUCCAAACAUAUUUUUCUUCUUGUAUACAGAAAAGAAUAUGCAAUUCGGAGAAAUGAUUCAAUUAAAUAACACAUAUUCUUUAGAACAAUCAAAAUUCGAUCCCAAAUAUCCUACGAGAAUCAUAAUACAUGGUUGGAGAAGUCGUUUAACCUCACCAAUAAAUCAAUUAAUAUGUGAUGCCUAUCUUUCUGUUGGGCGUUACAAUGUUAUUAUUGUUGAUUGGGGAACAAUUGCAAAUACAAUAAAUUAUGUAAAAGCACGUUAUAGUGUACCUUCUGUUGCAUUACAAGUCGCCGACUUCAUUGAUUUCUUGCAUCGUGAAGGAAAAAUGAAUUUUUCAGAUCUUAUUGUAAUUGGACAUAGUUUAGGUGCUCAUGUUGCUGGGAUUGCUGGCCAAGAAGUUAAAACUGGAAAAAUUCCAAUUAUUUAUGGACUUGAUCCAGCAUACCCAUUAUUUUAUUAUGAACAAAUCGAUGAAAGGUUAUCAGAUGACGAUGCCGAAUAUGUAGAAACAAUUCAAACAAAUGCCGGUUUAUUAGGUUUUAAAUAUCCAAUUGGUAAAACUUCAUUUUUCCCAAAUUGGGGAAAGGUGCAAAAAGGAUGUGCGUUUGAUUGGAAUGGAAUGUGUUCGCACCGACGAUCUUAUAAAUUUUUUGCUGAACUUAUUAAAAGUAAUAAUUUUACAUCAAAUGUACGUUGUGAAUCCGUGGAUAAUUUAUUAGCGGAAAAUUGCAAUGUACGAACAAAAAAUAUUAAAAUGGGUUCUGAAAGCAAUAAAGUAAAUACAGAAGGAAUAUAUUACUUGGAUACGAAUUCUGAAGAACCUUUCGGUCUUGGCUAAUAAUAUCAAAGCUUUAUUAAUUAUUUAAUGUGGAAAUAAUCAUUGUUUGAAUCAUAUUUAGCCUUUAAUAUAAAGCAUUGUAGUCUUUUAAAAAAAUUAUAAAUAUAUAAUAUAAUAAAGGAACUAAUAAUCUAAAAUGAAUCCACA